AUGAUGAACAAACCUCAAAUUGAAAAAUGCAAGGGCCAUUAUAUGAAGAUUGUCCACGGUCCGCCUCGAGAUGUCAAGCCAGAUCUUGAGGAUUCAACAAAAGUUAGCAUGCGGCGGGUGGGAAACUGCUAUAAAAGAUUCGUUGAGGAGGAGCUUAAUCCACCCAUUCCACGCUACUGGAUGGAGAAUUUGACAAUGAAUCUUGUUGAGGCCUUUCUACGCUGGUACCUUGACGAGCAUAAUGUGGAAUCCCUAUCAGGCUUCCUUGUGCUGGUUCGUUUCUGGAGGAUAUUUUAUUGCUAUGAGAUGAACAAGGACUUCCCCUAUAAUCUGAAGCGCAAGACAAAAGAGCUCAUCUGUACUAUAAUCAAAAUCGAAUACGGCCUAUGUGAGAUAGUUAAGUCUCAGCCACCUUGCAACGCAGAUUCCCUUCUCUAUCUUUUACAUGCUGCUGCCCUAUCUGCAGUGUUCUUUCCGACACAUAGACAGAGAAGCCAGCAUGGAACAAUACGGAAGAUGAUGACAGCAACAUCUGCACGCCCAGGAACCAUCCUUGAAAGCUCAGGAUACUGCAGGACGAACGAUGCCCUUCUCUGGGGAGAUCUUGAACUCUUCAUGGUUACAGACCCCGAAUAUCCAUCCUGUCAGGUUCUUCUUAUGAGGGUGACACAUCGACUCAACAAAGGCAAGCGGAACAAGGGCAAGCCUCCAAUCUUUACAUACACUGAACGAAAUGAUAACCUAGCAUUUUGUGUCAUUCAGGACAUAAUAGAGUUUGCAUUUGUGGACCAGGCCUUCAGCAGUGAGCAUAUCAAGGAGCCUCGAGAUAUCUGGCGUCAUACCAAAGUGCCAGCACACAGAAAAAGCACACCGAUCCAUUUUAAAGCUUCCAUGAGGGACGUGCCUGUGUUCCGACCUGGAGUCCGUGACGCGCAUGGAAACUGGACUACUCAUUCAACAAGGGCUCUGACAGCAGUUCGAUUUGGAGAGGACGAGAAAAAGUUAUGUAUAGACGCGGGUCUUGAGGAUCCGGGCUCAGCAUACAAGUACAGAAAGGGAGCUGCGGCGCGCUUCGACGGGAAUACAACCGAACAUCGGAGAAAUCAUAUGAUGGGUCAUGCAGGGAGCCAUAUCUUUCGGGAAUAUGUCAAUCAACGUGUGGAUAUGGAUACGCAGUCGGUGUUCCUUGAAACAGCAACCAAAGAUGCUCUGAUCAAACUCUCCUGCCAUUCAGGUCUUACCCGUGACCCCUCCGCUCCAAAACAUCUAAAUGAUGAUCAGAAGAAAACGGUCGAGAAAGAUAUGAAGUUGGGGGAAUUAAAGCAUGAACACCGGUGUCUUCGAAAUGAUCUCAUUGCACAGUACGGACAGUUAAAGAAUGCACGAGACACAGUUGAAGGUUGCAGGUACCGUAUGCUGGGCCGGCGAAUUCGAUCCAGACGGAAGAAAUUGCAAAAGGAAGUCUUUAAAAAGGCAUACCAUGACUUCUUUGGAAAUGUCGGCAACGAUAUCAUCGAGAAAAAUUAUCACGGCCAGGAUACUACCUUUGUUCCAGAUACAUCUCUGGUCCUUCCAGAACGGAAGGAAUUAGCUGACCUCGACUUUCAAAACCGGGAUGCGAGCACUGUCUCUGAGUCGCAAUUACUCGAGGAUCGUAUUCGAUCCCUGGAACUUCGUCUUGCUCUCCAUCACCUCCACAUGCCCAAGCACCUGGCGUCCAAGAUCGUCCCCACAGAGCUGGCACGGGAUAAGCCCUUCCCAGCCAACUUUCCAACCCAGAGCCCGACAGCAGCACGGCAAUACACCUUCAGCAGCAAGUAUGCCUUAAAGGAUCACAUUGAUGAUGUGCAUCUGGCAAACAGAGACUUUUCGAAGCAAGUAGAGUGUCACUACCCUGAUUGCAAGAUGCCUUUGGUUUCCAAAAUAUAUUUCUAUAAUCACAUCGUAACUGUACAUGGCAUUCUACUCCCUGGCCACCAACUGUUGGAAAUUCUAAGAAACGAGUCACGAGGCACGAGCAAAUCGACUGGAAAUUUGCAUCUCAACAGAAACCCUGUCGCUCUUGCAUUAGGCAGUUUUAAAGCAUUCAUCGCAAUGCCGAAUGGCUUGCGAAGACCUUCAUCAACCUCCUCGGACGGCGACAAUACAUCUCAGCAAGGCGAAAUCAUGGCAAUCCAUAGCCAGGUGCUCAAGAUGAGAAGAUCGGCAUGCAGCGCCUGCGGUGUAUGA